AUGAAGUUCACAAUUCUCAUCGCCGGACUCAUUGGUGUCUUCCUGGUUCCUGCCUUUUCUGGCUAUAAUAUCAACAUUGGUGAUAAUGGCAACAGUAUUGGGAGUGGACAGCAGUCUGUGAGUGUCAACAAUGAGCAUAACAUAGCCAAUGUUGACAAUAACAAUGGAUGGGACUCCUGGAGCACCCUCUGGGAUUAUAACACUAACUUCGCUGCAGUCAGAGUCUUUAGCAAGAAGUUAUGCAUUGUGCACAGAAUGAACAAGGCCGUCAUGCCCUCUCUUCAAGCUCUUGAUGCACUGGCCAAGGAAAAUAAGAAGGAAAGGCCAGGAGGACCACCUCCCAAGGGCCUGAUGUACUCAGUCAACUCUGAAGAAGUCAAUGACCUUGACAAGUUUGGAAAGCCCAUCGCAAAUAUGUGUCGGGGGAUUCCAACAUACACAGCUGAGGAAACUGAAGGAGCAAGUCUGUUUUCUUUCUCAGCAAAGUGCCUCAGUACCAGUAUACUCUGGGUAAUAGACGUUUCCUUCUGUGGAGGAACAGUGGAAAUAUAAAAAAAAAAAAAAUGUUGCUUUGGGAGUUCCUCAGAACAUCUGAAUAUGCUAUGCAGAAGAAAAGAUGGGAUUUUGUCAUGUCAUUCUAAAAUAUUCCUGCUUAGUUAUAUUUGGUUUCUUUAAAUUGUAAUAAACUCAAUUGGCAUUGAAUUCAAUUUAUAUUGAAAGCCCUUAUUUCUGUUUGGAUUGCACAGGAUCAAAAGUACAAUGUAGUGAUG